AUGACGGAUGGAUGUGCAUCAGGAAUCUUGCUGUCAGCCCCACAAACGCUGAAUGAGCUAGUGGUGGGAGACACCAACGGGAAACUCUAUGUUUACAAGAAUGAUGACAGCAAACCCUGGGCUGUGCGGUCUUGUCAAGGAAUGCUCACGUGCGUUGGUGUGGGAGAUGUAUGCAAUAAAGGAAAGAAUCUCGUGGUGGCAGUGAGUGCAGAAGGCUGGUUUCAUCUUUUUGACCUGACUUCGCCAACUUCAAAACACCCAGAUGCUUCAGGCCACCAUGAGCUGGCCGCAGCAGCAGAAGAGCAGAAGCCAGCGUUCAAGCAGCACAUUCCUGCCAACACCAAGGUCAUGCUGAUCAGUGACAUUGAUGGAGAUGGGAAGUGUGAGUUGGUGGUGGGUUACACUGACAGGGUGGUACGUGCCUUCCGCUGGGAGGACUCGUCGGAGAAUUCAGACCAUAUCUCUGGGCAGCUGCUCCUGUUGAAGAAAUGGCUGCUAGAAGGUCAGGUGGACAGCCUCUCUGUGAACCCAGGUCGUGAUGGCUCACCGGAGAUGAUGGUGUCUCAGCCAGGCUGUGGUUAUGCCAUUCUGCUGUGCACCUGGGUCUCUGAGCAGCAGGCCACAACAGAGGGGAGAGACACUUCUGCCCCA